AUGGGUCUCACUACUGCAUGGAAGAGGCUCUCGCCUGCCCAACUCAACAUCGCCAUCCAGACGUUUGCUUUGAUCUCGAUCUUCUUCGAAGGAUAUGAUCAGGGUGUCAUGGGCGGUGUCAACGCCUCGCCGAACUACGUUACUGAAGUCAACAUCGGUACCUCCGAUGGUACCGUGACCAAUACCACCAAGCAGGGAGGUAUCGUUAGUAUCUACUAUCUCGGUGCCAUCGUUGGUUGCUUCGUUGGUGGAUGGGCAGCCGAUCGUAUCGGAAGAAUCAACGGUCUCUUCUUCGCUGCUGUGUUCGCUCUCAUCGGAGGUGCUCUGCAAGCUGCCACUCAGAGUGCUGAUUUUAUUCUUGUUGCCCGUGUGGUCACGGGUCUCGGCACAGGAGCUCUCACUGGCAUCACUCCUGUCCUCGUCUCUGAAGUCUCCAGCGCAGAACACCGUGGCGGCUUCUUGGGUUACGUUUUUAUUGCAAACUAUCUCGGCAUCUCCGUCGCCUACUGGCUCGACUUUGGUCUCUCCUUCGUCAACCAUGGAUACUCUGCUCUGCGCUGGCGCUUCUUGCUCGCCUUCCAAUGCCUCCCUGCUCUGCUGCUCCUCGCGGGCAUCAAGAUGCUCCCUGACUCCCCACGCUACCUCGCUUCCGUAGGCAGAAACGAGGAAGCACGCGAAGUCCUCUACUCCGUCCGCGGCUCUUCCAAUCCCGAAGCCGUGGAGCAGGAGUUCAACGAGAUUGUCGCCAUGGCUGAAGACACCAAGCCUGCUUCCCCUAUCGAGUUUAUCAAGAUCAUGUUUGGUCUUGACAAAAGCCAGGGUGCUCAUUUGGGUCGUAGAGCUUGGUUGUGCAUUUGGCUGCAGAUCAUGGCAUCUUGGACGGGUAUCACUGCCGUCACUGCUUACAGUCCUGUUCUGCUGCGUCAAGCUGGUUACAGUCAGAUCAAGCAGAACGGACUUGCUGGUGGUCUUAAUACUAUCGGUAUCAUCGGCACCAUCAUCUCUGCCCAAGUUGUCGACAAAUUCGGCAGACGCAAGUGUUUGAUGUGGGGAGCUGGUGGUUUGUUUGCUGUGAACUUGAUUGCUGCCUCACUCUACGAAGCCUCCCGUCAUGAUCCUUCCAAGGCAGCUAGCAUCGCUCCUGCCGCAGUCACUAUGCUCUUCCUCUUCAACCUCGUCUACGCAUCCACCUGGGGCACCGUCGCUUUCCUGAUCCCCACAGAAAUCUUCCCUAGCCGUAUGCGCGCACAAGGAAACGGUUUCGGUAUCACUGGUUGGGCUAUCGGUGUUGGUUGGACCGUCCUCGUCAACCCAAUCAUGUUUGAGAAUAUCCAGAGUCGCACCUACUUCCUCUUCGCCGGAUUGAACUUCAUCUGGAUCGGUAUCGUCUACCUAGUAUACCCAGAAACCUCCAAUCGCUCGCUCGAAUCCAUCGAAGCCAUGUUUACAACUUCGCCCUUUUACUGGCAGAUGGAAAAGGCCUAUGCUGAGAACAAAGAUUUGUUUGCUACUACAGCUGCAAAGCAAGGAAUGGGAGAAGAUGAAAGGUUGUCAAAGGAAAAGCAACUUGAAUGUGUGCAUGAUGAAUUGACUCAUGUAUGA